AUGGCUAUGAACAAUCUCCAAUUUCAUCAACAAACAGAUUCCAGUAUUCAAACUUUGCAGACACAAAUUGGACAACUUUCCAUUUUGAUGAAUGCCAUGCAGCAAGCCCAAGGACCAAACCAACUUCCUGCCCGAACAAUUUUGAAUCCAAAAGGCCCUAAUGCUAAUGUGAGUGAAAUUUCAUUGAGAUCCAGGAAGGUAACAGAACCAUCCCCAGAAAAAAAUAAAAAAAUUCUUGAGGUAACACCUGAACCUUCUUCCGUUGUGAUAGAAACUAAACCCUCUGUUGUGGUAGACACUGAAAAAGAAAAAGAGAAGGAGCAUGUGCCACUAGUUCCCUUCCCACAUAGAAUACUGAAAAGUAAAAGAACUGGUGAUGGAGACAAGGAGAGAGAGAUUUUAGAUGUGUUCAGAAAAGUGGCGGUAAACAUUCCGCUUCUUGAUGUUAUUAAGCAGGUUCCAAAGUAUGCAAAAUUUCUAAAAGACUUGUGCACAAGCAUUAAUGUUAUGCCUAUUUCUGUUUAUAAUAACCUUGAUCUUGGUCCUUUACAGCAUACAAAUUUCUACAUUCUAGACAUGUAUGGAGAAACAAAUUCAAGUAGAUCGCCCAUCAUUUUAGGAAGACCGUUCAUGAAAACGGGGAAAACAAAAAUUUAUGUCGACGAUGGAACCAUGUCCAUGGAAUUUGGUGACAUUGUCACAAAAUUUAACUUUUUCGAUGCCAUGAAACAACCCUUGGAGGAGCAUUCUAUUUUUCAUAUUGAAUUGAUCUCUGAGUUGGUUGAUGACACUUUUUCUUAA